CAUAGGUUGUCAGUCUCCCGUGGGCGGGCCCGGGACGCCGGUCCUGCUCCCUCCUCCCGCGGCCCCGGCUGCCGACGUGGGGAAAGCGGCCGCAGGCGGUUGGGCCCCGGGUGUAGGUGCCGCGAGGGAGAGGGAGGGGAUGGGAGCCCUGCGGCUGCUGGCGGUGUCUCUCGCCUGCUGCUGGUGGCCGCCGGGCAGCCAGGGUAAGACCCUGCGGGGCAGCUUCAGCAGCGCCGCGGCCCGAGACGCUCAGGGCCAGAGCAUCGGCCACUUCGAGUUCCAUGGUGACCAUGCUCUUCUGUGUGUCAGAAUCAACAACAUAGCAGUAGCUGUUGGAAAAGAAGCUAAACUCUACCUGUUCCAAGCCCAGGAAUGGCUAAAGCUACAGGAGAGCAGUCAUGGUUAUAGUUGUGGUGAAAAAUUAUCCAAAGCUCAGUUGACAAUGACCAUGAAUCAGACUGAACAUAAUCUGACCGUGUCCCAGAUUCCAUAUCCACAAACAUGGCACGUGUUUUAUGCAGACAAGUAUACGUGCCAAGAUGACAAUGAGAAUUCUCAGGCGGAAGAUAUCCCGUUUGAAAUGAUGUUACUAAACCCGGAUGCCGAAGGGAAUCCAUUUGAUCAUUUUAGUGCUGGAGAAUCUGGGUUACAUGAGUUCUUUUUCCUCCUAGUCCUGGUGUACUUUGUGCUUGCUUGCAUUUACGCUCAGUCACUGUGGCAGGCUAUCAAGAAAGGAGGGCCCAUGCACGUGAUCCUCAAGGUUCUGACAACCGCGCUGCUGCUGCAAGCCGCCUCGGCUUUAGCUAAUUAUAUUCAUUUCUCCAGUUACUCCAAAGAUGGAAUAGGCAUACCUUUGAUGGGAACUUUGGCAGAAUUUUUUGACAUUGCGUCCCAAAUUCAAAUGUUAUACCUGCUUCUGAGUCUGUGCAUGGGUUGGACGAUAGUCAGAAUGAAGAAGUCUCAAAGCAGACCUCUCCAGUGGGAUUCAACUCCCGCAUCCACAGGCAUUGCAGUGUUCAUUGUCGUCACACAGAGUAUUUUGCUGCUCUGGGAACAGUUCGAAGAUACCAGUCCUCACAGCUACCAUUCGCAUCACAACUUAGCAGGGAUCUUGCUAAUCAUUUUAAGGAUUUGCCUAGCAUUGUCAUUAGGCUGUGGACUCUACCAGAUCAUCACAGUGGAGAGAAGCACGCUAAAAAGAGAGUUUUACAUCACGUUUGCCAAAGGCUGUAUCUUGUGGUUUUUAUGCCAUCCAGGUCUGGCAUGUAUUUCUGUCAUUUUUAGUGACUACCAAAGAGAUAAGGUUAUAACAAUAGGUGUUAUCCUUUGCCAGUCUGUUUCCAUGGUUAUUCUCUACAGACUCUUUCUGUCCCAUAGUCUAUACUGGGAAGUUUCUUCACUUUCUUCAGUAACACUACCACUGACCAUAUCAUCUGGACACAAAAGUCGGCCUCACUUCUGAUACUUGAUUUUCUUUAAAGGAAAAGUGAAUUGAUUUCAGAGUGCAAUAAGGAUCCAAAUACAGUGACUUUUUUUUUUCAUACUUUUGGUAUGAAAAACUGAACCCAGAAGGCAGAGCAUGGUAUUUAUACAGCUGCAUUUAAGCAGUAGCAAACUGAAAAAAGGUAAUAAAUGAAAUGUCUUGAAAUAUGUUUAAUAAACUUUCAAGAAAGUGUGUUGUUCUAAGGUGACUUAUGCAGUUUCUCUGUGGAAAUUAAGAUGAAAAAGAAUUACAUGAUAUUUUGGUAAAAGAUUCACCACUUGUGAUGCUUCAUCAUCUUAUAUCAAUAGUUAACUCAGGUUUGAUAGUCUUAUGCAGAGUAAUCAGUUAAAUGAUUACUUGCUUGUACAUAUCUAAACUAACUCCCAUGACUCCAAAUCAGUGUAACACUGGUUAAAAACUGCUUCUUUUUAUGCUUUAAGGAAAAUGCAUUUCAUAUUGGAGUUUAAAGGAAUUAAAAAUGAGAUUACUUCAGAAUGUGAAUAUAAAAUGUAUUUAUAGCUAAAUGAGUAAGUGUUUUCUUUAUUUGUGUGUAGGUUUUUCUCUAUCUUCUAUCACUUUCUGGCUGUAGUUCAGGUUCUGGCUUGAUUAGCGAAGGGUUUUUGACAUAUAAUUUAUGAAAAAUAAAGCUUAGAUACAUUA